AUGGAGGCACACGACUAUAACGAAGAUGAACGCCGGCAGCUCGAAGCCGAGCUUCACACAGAAAUCCUUCCCGGCACGGAGGUCAUGGCAGAUGUAGGCUCACACCAUUUCGUCAAAGGAGCGCAUCGCCAAGUCCUCGUUCCACAACCCAGCGAUGAUCCCAACGAUCCUCUCAAUUGGAGUACCGGUUGGAAGAUGGCAUGCAUCAUCUCGGCAUCAAUGGCCACGUUCACGCAAGGGUUUGGUCCAUUGGCUCUAGCACCAAUGUUUCCGGCACUGAUAGAAGCUUUCAAUACCGAUCUGGCGGGUGCAGUCCAAUUCACUGGUGUUUGCAUCUUGGUACUGGGAUUUAGCAACUUCAUCUGGGUUCCAAUCAGCACAUCGUUCGGUCGUCGCCCGGUGUAUCUCGCAUCCCAACUCAUCAACUUCGGUACCUCGAUAUGGCGCGCCAAGGCCAACUCCUACAACUCGUUCAUGGGCGCGUGCAUCCUCAAUGGCAUUGGUGCUGGACCGGCCGAGACCAUCAUGCCCGAGAUCAUCGCCGACAUCUUCUUCUUGCACGACCGUGGGAAGUGGAACACUCUUUACUGGGUAGUCUACAUGGGCUCGCUGAUGGUCGGUCCCAUCGUGUCUGGAUCAAUGACCGAGACGGUCGGCUGGCGCAGCUUCUGGUGGCUCAAUACUGGCAUCCUCGGCCUUUCCUUCUUGAUGGUGGUCUUUAUGUUCCCAGAAACAAGGUUCAAGCGCGCGUUGCCCGAGCAUUUGGGACAAAAGAAACCCAGUUCACUAGAAGAGAAGACACGAGCGACUACCCAGGAAGAUAUUAACCACUCCGACAGCGAGAAAGAGACAAAUCCAAUCCAGCACAUCAACACAGCUAACUCCGUCUUGCCAAACACGGCCGGCCUAGAGAUGUCCGAGACAGCUCAACGAGACCCCUUCCUUGGCCGCGGCAAACCUGGCAAAUGGCAGUGGAAGAUCUUCCAACCAAACGCCCACCCGUUCCGUUCCAUCUUCCUCGACCUUUGGAUUCCCUGGAAGCUAUUCGCCUUCCCCAUUGUCGAGUUCGCCGCUUUCGUCGUCAGUUGGUCAUGCUCCAGCUUCCUCACCAUCAACCUUACACAAAGCCAAGUCCUCGCCCUACCUCCCUACAACAUGAAGCCUAUGACUGUUGGCUUUACCAACUUCGCUAUCAUGCUGGGUGCAUUCAUCGGACUUUUCACUGCUGGCCCACUCAGCGAUUGGGUGUCUGCAAGGAGCACCAGGAAGAACAAUGGUAUUCGUGAACCGGAGAUGCGGUUACCAGCUAUGAUACCAUAUGUCAUCAUCAUGUUUAUUGGUAACAUCGUCGUCGCGAUAGGCUAUGAGCGCAAGUGGCCUUGGGAAGCUAUCAUCAUCAUCGGCUACACAUGCGCUGGUAUACAGGUUGCAGCGCUACCUGGUAUCGUCAGUACAUAUGCUGUUGACUCGUACAAGCCCGUUGCAGGCUCGUUAUUCGUCGCCAUCACCGUCAACAAGAAUCUUUGGGGCUAUGGGUUUGGCAAAUUCAUCACACCGUGGAGUGAAGAGGUUGGAUUUAUCUCGCCCAUUAUGACAAACGCAGCUCUUGUUACGCUCUGGUGCUCGUUUGGUAUUCUCUUUUGGUGGAAAGGCAAGACGUUCCGUCGCUGGAGCAAGAACAGCAGCGUCCAUCGACUAGGCGCUUUGUAG